ACUCAGUUUAAGGAACUGCUCUUUCUGUGCUUUUGUGUGUGGGGUGUGUGUGUGUGAGAGAGAGAACCUACAUUUCGAUUCCUUCUGUAGUUGUGCAAAAGGGCAGAAAAUGGUUGCAAGAACCCCACCAAAGCAGCUGAUGAAAGUGGUGGUGCCGCCCUCUCUCAACCCCAUUCUUCUCAGAGAAACUGUUAAUAAGGUGGAGAAAUGUAUGGCUCGAUUACAAGAGCUGCAGCACACAGUUAAAGUUGGGACGAAAAUGAUAUCUCUUAGUCCUCGCAGUACCAGAGGGUCCAUCAGGAUGAAGAAUGUUAAUUCUCGAAGAUCUCCCACGGGAAAAUUGCCAGCUAAUGCAGACGAAUGGCGGGUAAUGUCAUUGCCAGCAAUGCUUUUAGGAGAAACAAUGGGAGAAAUUCUACAAGCAAGUGAAUUUGCAAGAAAUAUAGUGGAAGCAGUAUCUUCCAAGACAAAGAAACCAGCCAAUGACGACCCCAAAACCCCAGUCACAGAAAGGAGACGAAACCGAAGGCUGGAAAACCCAGAAAACAGCCAACUCGAAGCACGAAGAAAGCGAGAAAAACAAGUGGCAUUACAAACAAUACGAUCAGAAUCCGAUAAGCCAUCUCUCCAACGAGCUAAAUCCCGAAUAAACUUCAAGGUGUCUCCCACACAAACAAGAGAGUGUGACAAAGAAAAUUGCAGAUAUAUUGCCAAUAGAGUGUCCCCAAGGAAUAGACCAUGGGCUAGAAAGACGGUAUUAUUUCCCAAUCCACUGUUUCAUUCAUCACCAACAUCGCAGCAUCAAAAAUUUUGCAAGACUAAGUCACCAGUCAUUGCAAGUAAUAAACAAGUUCCGCACAAGUUUUUGAUCAAGUCCCCCCCGCCUUCUGCACCAAAGUUUCAAGUGAAAAUUAGGCUUUCUAUUUCUCCUACACGAGCAGCAACAAAUAUGGGGAAAAAUUCACCGAAGGUGUCGGCUACAGCAAAGCUUCGAAGGUCAUUUUCGCCAUCAAGAAUUGCAAACAGGUUAGUGUCGCCGUUGAAGAGCAGAAAAUCUGUACAAAAGAAUGAUGCGAUGAAGGCAAUGAGUGGCCUGAAACAGCGUCCAAUUUCAACGCCAAUGCGAUUCUCGUCUAGGAGAAUGUGAAAGAAUGUUUGUGUUUAUGCUUCUGUUUUAAGAUUGAAAUAUUCUUUCUGCAAUAGGUAAUUUCCUCAAUGUCUAUAGUGAAUUGUAAUCUUUGCUUGAUAAACGAGAUCUGCUUCUCUCCCCUCUAUCCUAAGAUUUGCUUCAGUUUUUCGA